AGAUGAUCUAAAAAGUCACCCAGAAGAGGCAAGAGUCAUCCUCCCAUUCAACUGGAAUGUUCAGCCUACUGCAGUUUGCAUGUCACAGGAAUGCAUUUCCCAAAUGCACAUCUCUCGCUUGUCUGAACUCUCGACUGUGUCAUCCUUCCUUCAGCGCUGCCAUGUCCACGCGUGGGGUUUCAGUGCAGACGUUACCACCUGCUGGAUAUUUUGAUGAACCACUGGAGGUCAUCAUUCGUGGCCUUUGCCCGAAACAGACUGUGAGACUGUUGGCCGAAGUGACGGAUGACAAAGGCAUGAAAUUCCAGUCCUCCGCUGUGUACCAAGCUUCUGAGCGAGGCGAAGUGAGCACAGAGAGCUCUCCUUCUCUGGGCGGUACCUACAUCGGGGUGGAGCCUACGGGUCUGCUGUGGUCCCUGACCCCAGCGUCACCCCAUAAUAACUUCACAUGCUUGGAUGCAUCGAGACCCUUGUCAGUGGAUAUGAAAGUGGUCAGUCAUGAUGAGCCUGAGGAUGUAUUGGCCAAGGUGACACACCAGAGGCGCUUCAUGAAGUACGGUGCUGAGAGGCGUGUUGUCACAGAUGGAAGAUUACGGGGAACUCUCUUCAUUCCACCAGGUCCUGGUCCAUUCCCUGGCAUAGUGGACCUGUACACGUUACGUGGUGGCCCUGCAGAACCCAGAGCCAGUCUACUGGCCAACAAGGGCUUUGUGGUUCUCGCUCUGGCUUUCUUCCGCUACAAGGACUUGCCCAAACAAGUUGGCCAACUUGACCUAGAGUAUUUUGAAGAGGGGGUAAACUUCUUGAAGCAACAACCUAAAGUUAAUAUUUUUAUGUUUGUUUUUUUAAUGACUGUUUUUAACCUUUGUUUAACCAGGAAAAGUCCCAUUGAGUCUCAGAGAUUCUUCUUACAGAGAAUCCUGGCCAAGAAGCAGCAAGUGAAAGAUGGUGGAGUGGGAAUAAUUUCGAUAUCAAAGAGUGGAGACCUAGCUCUGUCUAUGGCUGCAUUCUUGUCCACAGUGCGUGCUGCUGUCACCAUCAACUUCUGUUGUUUCAACGUCGGGUUUCCACUCGCAUACAAAGGCACCGUUAUCCCUGCCUUCUUGCCGGACCCACAGAAAAUCGUCACCACUGACCAAGGACUUGCGGAUAUCAGUCAGAUCAUGCCAGCUCCCAGCACCAAGGAGGCCUUGGCCUCUGCCAUUCCCUUUGAGCGUGCCACGGACUGCCACUUCAUGUUUGUGGCGGCGGAAGAUGACAAGAACUGGGACAGUGUCCUGUACGCCGAGCUGGCCGCCCAGAGACUGAGGGAUCAUGGGAAGGGGGAGAAUGUUGAGGUGGUGCGGUACCCCAGGACAGGUCACUUCCUGGAUGUACCCCACAUGCCCUUCUACCCCUCUGGGUUCCAUGCCAUAGCCGGGACGGUGGUGGUGUUUGGAGGCGAGGCCAAGGCCAACGCCUACGCCCAAAUGGAUCUGUGGGAGAGAGUGCAGAAGUUUUUCAGGAAGCAUUUAGACAGAAGCGACCCGUCAUUCCAAGCCAGGCUGUGAUAGAUUUAGUGGGGCGAUUGCAAAAUCUGCAGUGCACUAUUUGAGGGAUAUGAACAUUCAAAUUGGUUUCCAUAGAACCGCGUCAUAGCUCGUCAAGCGCUGACAUUCGCUCUGGUCGCUCAGGUCGCUUCACUCCCGGCGAAUUCGCUUUGGUCGCUUUAUUCGUUGAACCUCCAUAGAGAAAUAGAUGUCCGUCGCUCUAGUAGCGUAGGUCGCUCGUAGUGUACACAUAGCUUUAUAGUAGUAGAGCGUGCAAUCACUGCAUUCAUGACCAUACAAGCUAGCUUAACCGAUGGUCGGCGGACUGAUGUUUCAUUAUGUAGCUACUAGGCCUACAUCUCCUCAGUGCAUUAGUUUCUGUUUGCAUUCAACAGAUGGGGCCAAUAUAGGGAAACAAGCAUCAAAUACAUGAAAAAGGCAAAAGUUUAGAAAUCUUCUAUUAACUUCUAUUGUUUUACACCAAGAAUAAAUAACGUAUAAGUAACUGUUUGGACACAUAAUGUCCAUCACCUCACAUGCACAGUUUGCCUCCAUUUGGGUAGUAUGACUAGCUUUGCUUCCCUACAGUGUUUUGGGCUUUAUGUAGGAUUUAAGUUGUUGGACUUGCAGUAGGCCCUACAUCUAAUGAACUAAAAAGUGUUGUCAGCCAACUUGACUGUGAAUAUUGUGAAAGUUUAGAAUCGAUUCAACUGAGCUAUUAUGCCUUUGCCCUUAUGUGUUUAGAGUCAAAUGGGAUUACCAUAUCACUAGCUUGUAAAUAUGAACAUCUGAUCUGGAAAUUGUCAAUGUAGCCAUGCACACACAUCCAAUUCUACAGGAUAAGUAGAGUAGAGUAGACAAAAAGUCAAUCAGAUAAUAACAAACAAAAAUGUACACUGCAGCUGCCCUUUGUACUUCUUUACUUCUCUUCAGCACAUGGGUGUGUAACUGGAAGGAUCCAGUGAGUCACAGUAAAUUUAUGGCUCUUUCAAAAUUUCGAGAAUCCCAAGAAAGCUGAACCUAAAACUCGGGGAAAGUCGGCGUGAACAUUUGGUGACGCAAUGUCAGAUCGAUAAUUAUCGAAGUUGAUCUCAGGCGGAAGUAUAUAACAACGAGUUCCCGAGCUUAUGUUUUGUGUGACGACACACGCAUCAUCAACAUGGCGCCCAUGCAUGCAACUGGCAUAUAAACAGUAUCAUAAAUGCUAAAAUAUCAUCUUGUAAUCACUAUCAACAACACCAGUUAAUGUCAUUCAAUUGCAGAUGCACAUAUGUCAGUAAAGCUGGUCUCUGACUGUUUAAUUUAGCUUACUUCAGCUAAAAUGAUAUGUCGUGGAUGUGGAGGCUCAAGUGGAGGUGAAAAAAAGAAAAGAGGACCAAAACAAAACAGACAUGAUUUCCGAUUGUUCCGGGAUCUGUGGCGUUCAUGCGCCAAACUCCAGAACUCUGUUGUCAUGUGAGCAGUGUCGUCAGCUGUCUCGAGAGGUCCCGAGCCCGUGAAGGCAACAUUAUUCUUUCUACAGAUCAUUUACCAUUUUAACUAAUUCAAUGUGCUUUUCCUCUGUACGGUACAAUGUAUUCAAUAAUAAUAAAAAAAAAUACGGUACAGAAAUCACUGUAUUCUCACCUGUAUGAAGUUCUCUGCAUGGCUUAGAAUAAAAAAGUACUAGA